AUGGCUCCCGACACGGCGGUGGCGGAAAAGGAGAUCAUCGAGGAACUCCAGCUCAAGGAGAAGCUCACCAACGAGGAGUACAAGAUAUGGAAGAAGCUGGUGCCGUUGCUCUACGACACCAUCCGCUCGGUGCUGCUUGACUACCCGUCGCUCAUUGUCCAGUGGCUCGGCGACUACUCCUACUCAGAUAACAAAAACCUGGUCAAACUACGCUACUUAUAUGGUACUAACACCCUGGAAAAAGGGGCUAAUUACCUUAAGUUGGGCGAGGUGGCGUUGCCGCUGACACUAGCGCCCGACUUUGCCACCGUGUGCCCCAACGCCGACCUGGUGCCCAUCCCGCUCUCCCAGCUCGACGUCGAGCUGCCUUUUUCCACUGUCAACCGGUGGAAAGUGCCGCGGGAGCUUAACCGGUUACGGGUACUGCCGGACGAAGCCCGUGCGGUGGCUAUUGACGGCGAAGGUAUUGUCCACUUAUUCGACUUGGGCAACUACGACCAGCUCACGUUCCGCUACCAUAAACUUGAAGGACAAGCGGUGGAGUGGGUCGACUCGGAACUGUUCUUGACGGGGGCACUGGAUUUCCACAUUGCCCUUUGGGACGUGGCGAAGCCGCUGACCCCUAUCCAAUUAUUCAAGAGCCACGACGGGCCCAUCAACGACUUGUCGCUGCUGAGAGUCCACCCGCUGUUGUUUGCCUCGGUGCUGGACGAUUACACCACGCAAUGGCAUGAUAUCCGCGACAAGAGCUCUACCGCCAACCCUGCCAUCAAAGUGACGAAUCCCCAAGUGCAGAUGGCGGUAGCAGUCCAUCCCGAGCUUGCUACCGUAUAUGCCACCGCGGGCAGAGACAACGUGGUGCUGCUUUUCGACUUGCGCAACCCCAACCAGGCCUUCCGCGAGCUCCACGGCCACACCGACACCGUGAUCGGGGUGCGCUGGGACACCCACAACGACCCGAUGCAGCUUUUGCUGUGGGCGUUGGACAAGCGGGUGAUCACGUGGGACUUGGAGCGGCUCGACACUGAGUUCGUUUACCCUACCGAUGAGCAGCAGCAGCUGCUGAAGCGCGGCAAGCAAUCCGCCACUAAGGCGGACCCCUGUCUCAAAUUUAUCCACGCCGGCCACACCAAUCGGGUCAACGAUGUCGGCAUUCACCCCAAGGUGAAGGGGAUCUAUGCUCUGGUAGGAGAGGACAAUUUAUUGGAGGUGUGGAAGCCGAAAACGUUGAUCGAACGCAGCCACGACGAGGAAUAG